CUCAAGAUUUAUCGCUUUUGUGAUCCCCAUUUUAAGGGCCCGUCCAAAUGAAUAAAAUAAAAGUUCAAAAAACGAUUGAUAGUUUUUUUCCUGUUAAAAGGAAAAAGAGCAUAAUUACGAGUAAUGAGGGUGGGACGAAUAAUUCGUCCGAUUCCGUUACGAGCACUUGUGUUGAGGAGUUGGAGGGGGCGGGCAAUGGUGGCAAGAAAAGAAAGAUAGACGACGCUGUGGGGGGUGGAGCGGCCCCCGAUGAGGUCUCUUCAGUUAAGGGGGGGCUAAACACGGCAAGCGUGGAAACCGGUAAUGGGGAGACCAACGUGGGGGAGGUGCCAACCGGUAAUAGGGAGACAUACACAGCGGACGUAGCUACCUUGAAGGAGACAAGCACUGCGGAACCAGCCACGCACCCGUACGCCGAGGAAAUAAAAAACCUUAUGCACGCGGAAUGGUACGAGCACUUAAAAGACGAGUUACGGAAAAGCUAUUUUCAAAAAAUGUAUCUGAAGAUAAAGGAGGAAAGAAAAACGAAAGUGAUAUACCCCCCAGCUCGGCUAGUCUUUAAUGCCUUCUUAAAAACGCCCCUAUCAAAUAUAAAAGUAGUGAUUGUAGGCCAGGAUCCCUACCAUCAGAAGGGCCAAGCCAUGGGCUUGUGUUUCUCUGUACCUAUUGGUAUAAAAAUCCCACCAAGUUUGAAAAACAUUUUAAAAGAAAUAAAACAGACGAGUAGCCAUGGAGACUUAAUAAGUUGGGCAGAGCAAGGGGUGUUCCUACUAAACACAUCUCUAACUGUCGAGGAGAACAAACCCGCUUCACACAAAAAUUACGGAUGGGAGACCUUCACCGAUAGAGUUAUAAACAUUAUAAAUGAGAAAAAGGAGAAGAUCAUUUUCAUGCUAUGGGGCAACUUUGCCAUAAAGAAAUGCUCCAAAAUCGACACGAAGAAGCAUUUCAUUUUAAAGGCGGGGCACCCAUCUCCCCUCAGCGUGAGGCACUUUGCCAACUGCGACCAUUUUAACAAGUGCAACGAGAUUCUCACGCGGCACGGCAUGGCGCCGAUCAGGUGGGAGUUGCCGCAGUGA